GCUGUGCUUAUGUGUUUGUGUCUACAGUUGAGAGCCACUUGGCGUCCAAUGUCAAUAAGAGCCGUCUGGUGCAGAAGGACCUACAGGUGGCCAAGAAGCUGCAGGAGGAGGAGGAUAAGAGGGCCAAGGUGCAGAACCAGAAGCAGCAUGUUGACAUCGAGCGCCAAGAUAACGAGAUCGCCCAGGAGAUUCAAGAAGAACUGGUCCGACAGGCAGAACAACAGCGGCAGCAGGAAGAGAAAGAUGCGGCCAUAGCUCGUAAACUGCAGGAGAAGGAGAUGAAAGAGGAAAGGAGAAGACAGAAGCAGCUGGAAGCAAACUUUGAGGAGGAGUACUUUGAGGAUCACGGAGCUGCAAGAAGGCCUCUUGACUUGGACAAACCCACCCGUCACAAAUCGACGUCCCCAGGGCGAUACGAUCCCUAUGCUCCAGUGAGCUCACAUCGUGAUAACUCCCCAGAUUAUAGGUCAACAGAGCCCAAAAGGAGCAGGUAUCCAAGACAGGACCCGGCAGCACCCCACAGUCGCUCAAGAUACCCUGAGCAUCACCUAGUGGCAGAAGGGGGGCGAAGUAGGCAAGCAGAUCCAUAUCCAGAGCACCUUCUGCCCCCCAGAGGCAAGCAUGGGGACAGGUACCCAGAUUAUGAGCCCACAGAGACUGGCAGAACCAGGGGCCUAAGUGUGGAGGACACAGAGAGAGUGGUUAGGAGGAAGGAGAGACCAGCCAGACCGCCUCCACCACAGAGCCCCAUAGAGAGAGACAAGGCCUGGGACAGAGAAAGGGACAGACAACGUGACCGAGACAGGGACAGAGAUCUAGAAUGGGAGAGGCAUAUGGGAAAAAACCAGAGGAGAGACAGGGAGCAGGACCACAGGAGGGCGAGAGCAGGAGGAAGAGACAGGGAACGAUCCCGAGAUAGAGGACAGAGUUGGGACAGACACAGAGAAGGAGAUAGACAGAGACAGAAAGACAAAGACAGACAGCGAGUUAGGACCAGAAGCAGGGAGAGAGGACUUGAAGAGGAGCCGGGGCACAGCAGGGACUGGUCGAGGGGAGGCAGGGCUUCUUGGGAGGAGGAAGGGAAUGAUGAAAGGGAGUGGAAGGCUAGGGGCCGGCAGCGCAUCCCCUCCGGCCCCGAAGAGGUGUUUGACGAGCUCACGAGCAACGAAGGGAGAGGGGACACCAGAGAGUUCUGGGACACCCGACAGGGGGAGGGUCCCAGCAGAAAACGCAGUCAUACUCACCCCGACGAAGAGACAGGUCGUAUUGUGCACCGAGGGAGCGGCGCAGUAGUAUCAGAAAUGGAGUACGGACUGAGCGAGGCCACGAAGGGGUUGACGAAGCUCGAUCUCCGUGAGCAGGAGCUCAAGGACAUGGAGGUAGCCAGGAAGCUGCAAGAGGAGGAAAUCAAAGCAAGUAAGAUGCAUGUGCGCGCAGCCCAAGUGGCGCAGGAUGAGGAAAUUGCCCGGCUGAUGAUGGAACAAGAGAAAAAAGAGUACAGGAAGAAUCGAGAGCGAGAGAAUGAGCGAGAGCGGGAGAAAGAGAAGGAGCGGGAGAGGGAGAGGCUGGCCAUGGAGAGGAUGGCAUUAGAAAGGAGGCGUCAAGAGGGAGACUUCAGGCCAAAUUCGGAGGACGUUGUCCGGCCCAGAACACGGGAUGAGCAUGAAUACCAGAGGCAGAGGAACCACAACAAGCCUGCCAGGCCUCCUCAGCCUCGCGCACACGACUAUGAGAAUGUAAACUAUGGCUACUCGGACCAUCCUGCACCCCAUCGUGCACCCACCAGACCUGAGGCUGCUUUAAGAGGUGCCUAUUACAAGCGGUGACUCAGGCUCUCUACCAUGUCCAGACAUGCUGUCAGUUCUCCUUCGUCCUGUUUUUUUUUUUGUUUUUUUAUCUUUUUGUUUUCAACCAUUUAUACUCUGUUGACCAAAAGUCUUGGGACAAUCUAAUGAGUUGGCAAUGGGAUAUUUUUUUUUAAAGAUGGGCCCAAAGUCAAGGAAGUGGAUCAGUGAGUGCUGGAACCACACUCAUCUUUUCCUUUUUUAUUAUUAUUAUUUGUAAAUUGUGAUUUAAUGUUAUUAUUUCUUUUAACUGACUUGACAUCAAGACAAGCCAAAAUAUCAGCCCUGUGGCAUAAACUCCCCCAUUUCUUUGCUGUUGAAAUCGAGGAAUCGGCUCCUCACCUGCUGUGGUCGUCAUAUGCUGAUAUUCGUCCCAUCUGCGGACCAUGCCAUCACAAGGGCUCAAGGCCUCUGCUGGAUAUAACCGUGCAAUCUCAGAUUUCCUCAUGACUCUUCAUGAGACGUGCCUGUCUGCUCCAACAUGGCUGCUACAGUGUCUUAGAUACCAACAUGGCAGCUGCUUCGUACACCCAUGCUGCAAAUCUGUUCUCUUGUCAUGCUGUGCAAUGAGGCUACACAGGCCUUGAUCCAUGUGCCACACAGUGAAUAACUCUGAAGGAAUACCUUUCUCUUGCUGUAUUCAAACAAACAAAACAAUAAGCCUUUAUCAUGAUGCUGGUAGUUUUGGCUUUGACAUGUUUACCAUCGUGUUCCAGUGCAGAGGAGCUGGAGCUUUGUGAUGAUCCAUGGACAUUUAAUUGGCUGUUGGCUGUCUUUCUGCUUGUGAGGGGCACUUUUUUUUUUUUUUUAAACCCUAUGACCCUUAAACUGAAAGUUGAGUGGAUGUUAUUCUUUCUAAGACUCACUGUUUCUAUGUGCAUGCUUACUGAAAGUGUACAACUGUGUACAUGCAUUUCAAUCUCUAUAUCAAAUUAUCUGGCUCUCUCUUUAUCAUCAGGAAGGGCUAAAGCCACAAAAAGCCAAUAAUCUUCUCUUUGUGAAUGAAUAAGAUGUGUUAGCUCAUAUACUACUGUACAAUUUAUCACUUUCCUGCCACUAUUUCAUAUCUGCUUGUCAUUUAGAAACCAGACUGGCGCAUAAAAGAACCAGUAUCAAAAUGAAAUGCAUGUACAUGACUUUUCUGCGGUCAUGCUUGUGCUCACGGCACAUUAAAUAUUUGUUUUUUUGUUUUAUUUAAAUGUAAAUAUCCCAGUUUCUUUCUUUCUUUUUUUUUAACCUGUGCUACCAAAUCAUGUUCCCCAUCGUGGAAAUAUUUGUUCAGAAAGGGAGCUUUAUAUUUUAUUUUCAGACAUUGUUCUGUUGGUCUUUCCUCAGAUUCCUCCUUAUUCUUUCAUACCCGAAAGCUUUCCUGCCGCCACCACAUCCACUCCUCUUUACUUUGUCUCAAAACUCAAAGGCGGAUAUCACUUCCUGCCUGCAGAAAAGACAAACAUUCCCACAAUAGACGUGCAUCUGGAUGGAGGGAAAUCAGUCACAGGAUCACAGAACAUAAAAUAUAUAUAUAUUACUGCCCAAAGGGACCUAUUUUAACAUUUUUACUGCUCUGUGAUCCGUUACUUUCUGUUCAUAUUGAAUAAGGAAAAUAAAAAGCACAUUCAGGCUUGAUUUGAUUGGUUUGAUGUUACAUUAGUGGAAACUUGUUGUUUCUCCGGUUUUCAUGUUGUAAUAAAUGUUGCUGAAAUUAUUAAUCAGUGUCCAAAAUGAUUCCCUCCAUGUUCAGAGAAAAUGAGCAGUGAUCUUUACUCAAGUGAGAGGUGUUUGUAUUGCUGAGGACAAACUUGCAGGUGUUAUGAUAUAUGCUAAUUGCUGUUGACAGAAUGAAAUUUGUGCCAUAUGUUUGUCAUUUUUUUUCAGGGACCGUAAAAUGGGGAAAGGCUUCAUUGUGGUUGUAGCAGAGGUACCACACCCACCACGGUGGGACUUGUAAUUUAUUCUGUGGUGAGAGCACCACCUUGUGGACAUGUUGACAAUUGAAAAAAAGAAAAGUGCAAAAUUGAUCUGAUCAGGAUGCGUCUUUGUGUAUUUGUGAAUGUUGUGCAUCAGACAUCGGAAUCGAGCGCUGUCUACAUCAAACAUCGAGUGUUAUGUUUUUAAUUUUCUUUAAUCCAGGGCUUGUAUGCAAUCUACCGAUCAUGAGUCAAUACAUGUGUUGGCACUUGCUGUAACAGAACUUUUUUUAAGUGAAAUGAAUUAACAAGUUGCUUUGACCUAUAGCAUCUCCAAGUGUAAUAAACUGUCUCAGCAUUUCCACUGUU